GCAGAAGAAGAAGUAGUCGCAGGAUUCGCGGAUCAUUGUGCACUUGAGGACAUUUCUAUGUUUUUUGGAAAUAAAUCUUACAGUUUGCUGUGUCACAGAGUUUUAAUCCAAAAAUUCAACACCUUUCCAGCGUUUUGUGUGGAUUUAAAUUUCUGUCACACGGUCAGCCUCGGAAUCGGCUGUGAUUAUUAUUAUUGUUUAUCAUAUCAUAGCUGCCAGCAAACUGUCUAAUCUACAGGAGGAUAGUGAGAUGUAAUCAGUCAUUCAGCUUAUGGAGAAAAGAAGCUGCUCUGCUGUUUGAUAUUAUUGUGUACUGGAUGUACACUGGAUGGAAAGGAGAGAGUUAUCUGAGGAGGUUAGAAAGAAAAUAAUGGACAAGCAUGUUAAAGAUAAAGGUUGGAAGAUGAUCUUCUGGCAGCUUGAUGUUCCUGUGAGCACAGCUACAAAUAAAAGUAGAGUGUUUUAGGUCAGUGGGACUGUAACCUCACUGGAUGCGGUCACAAAAGCAAAUGUAACCCCAGAUUGAGCAGAAAGUUCAUGCAAAUGGUAGAAAAAGAGACAAGGAAAACCUCCAAAGAGAUGCCAGCUGAAUUCCAAGGUAAAGAAUAAUUUGGCCAUGACAGGAGGCAUGGCAGCACCACUCCCUAUGAGUAACCACACGAGAGAGAGAGUGACUGUGGCCAAACUGACGCUGGAGAACUUCUACAGCACUCUCCUCACACAGCACGAGGAGAGGGAGAUGAGGCAGAAGAAGCUGGAGAAAGCGAUGGAUGAGGAGGGCUUACCUGAUGAAGAGAAGAUCAUGAGGCGCUCCCAGCAUGCUCGUAAGGAAACAGAGUUCCUGAGGUUAAAGCGAACUCGCCUGGGGCUUGCUGACUUUGAGUCACUGAAAGUCAUUGGAAGGGGAGCUUUUGGAGAGGUGCGUCUGGUGCAGAAGAUUGACACAGGUCACAUUUAUGCCAUGAAGAUCCUGAGAAAAGCAGAUAUGCUGGAGAAGGAACAGGUAGCUCAUAUCAGGGCUGAGAGGGACAUUCUUGUGGAGGCAGAUGGAGCUUGGGUAGUAAAAAUGUUCUAUAGUUUCCAGGACAAAAGAAACCUUUACCUUUUAAUGGAGUUUCUGCCAGGAGGAGACAUGAUGACACUGCUUAUGAAGAAAGACACUCUUUCAGAGGAGGUCACUCAGUUCUAUAUAGCAGAGACAGUCCUGGCCAUUGACUCCAUUCACCAACUGGGCUUCAUUCACCGGGAUAUUAAACCAGACAACCUACUGCUUGACCUACGGGGCCAUGUCAAGCUGUCAGACUUUGGCCUAUGCACAGGCUUGAAGAAAGCUCAUCGCACUGAAUUUUAUAGGAACCUUACACAUAACCCUCCAAGUGACUUCUCUUUUCAGAAUAUGAACUCGAAAAGAAAGGCUGAAACAUGGAAGAAAAACAGACGACAGCUGGCAUACUCCACUGUCGGCACACCUGACUACAUCGCCCCUGAGGUUUUUAUGCAGACUGGAUAUAAUAAGCUGUGUGACUGGUGGUCCUUGGGAGUCAUCAUGUACGAGAUGUUAAUAGGAUACCCACCCUUCUGUUCUGAGACACCACAGGAGACAUACAGGAAAGUCAUGAACUGGCGAGAAACUCUUAUCUUCCCCCCUGAAGUUCCCAUUUCAGAGAAAGCUAAAGACCUGGUCCUCAGAUAUUGCACAGAUGCAGAGAACAGGAUUGGGGCACUUAGUGUGGAUGAAAUAAAGUGCCAUCCCUUCUUUGAAGAAGUAGACUGGGAGCACAUCAGAGAGAGACCUGCUGCUAUCUCCAUUGAGAUCAAGAGCAUUGAUGACACCUCCAAUUUUGAUGAUUUUCCUGAAUCAGACAUUUUACAGCCAGUGACUAAUCUAACUGAACCAGACUUCAAAUCUAAGGACUGGGUUUUCCUUAACUACACCUACAAGCGUUUUGAAGGACUAACGCAGCGUGGAACCAUCCCACCUACAGAAAGUUGGGCAAAGCACAAGGCUGAAAGCUAAAAAGGAGCUUUAAGCUUAAGCACUUGUCUGUCCUAAAUGCUCUGUGUAUUACUGUGGCUUCAGAGGCUUACUGCGCUGUAAAUAGGACAUUUGCAUUGGCAUGAGCCCAAGCAGGGCAUUAAUAAUAAUAAAAAAAUACUAGUGGGGGAUAAAACCCAAAUCAGUAAGGCUACCCGUGAAUUACACUGGUUUGUAUUUGCUCAGGUAAGAGGAUGCUCAUGUUGGACAUCCUUUUUCAUCAUCCAAACACUGUACUGUAGACUUUAGCAGUGAAUUUAACAGGGUCUUUUAAGUUCUUACCUCACCUUAGCCUUAUGUGCAAAUCAUUCAGUGCAAGUUACAAGUGUGAAAGAAAGUUGUAUAAAUAAUUUGGAAUAAUGCAGAUUCCAGUGGAUACAAGCAUAAAAGUCAUAAAUGUUUAUAAAAAAUUUAUUAUUCAUGUCUACACCACAUCCAAUCAAAUGAAAGUGUUUUGCACAGUCAGGGUGUCAUAACUACUAUAGUGUGUAGCUAAUUAAUGCACCCCAAAACAACUUAAGGGUUACAUUCAUAUUUAUAACCAAUAGAAUUUAUUGCACAGGAAGUGAGCACUACUGGCUUUCUUUUUCUUAAAUGUGUCUGUCUGUAAUUGCAUUAUUUUCUAUUAUAUUGCCAAUAUUAACACACUGGUAAACAUUUUUAUUCAAAUGUUUUACGAUCAGUAAAUAAUUAAGAAAAGUGCAGCAUGUGAUCUCACUAAAAAAAAAUGUAUAUGGGGAUAUAGAAUGCACUCUUUAUGUACUAACUGUCUUAUAUCUGUCUCUUGUGUGUCUUGGAACUGUUAUUUUGCCAAGAUUCGUUGUACGAACAGUUGUCAGCAACUAAAAUCUUUCUUUACCGUACAGAAGGUAACAAAUUAAAGGAAGCCUGUGAAGAAAUGUGUAAAAACACAUCUUGCUCUAGAUUUUGGAUCUGUUGUGUUGUUGGAAGAAAAGAGCCUCAAAUUAAUGCAGAUAAUCAGAUCUCUACAUAUCAUAUGAUAAAAGAUCUCUCUCCUGGGGGGUGUGGGUGGGGUGGGGUGUUCUAUUCAAGGAUGAGAUGUAAAUCUUGAAAAUAAUGUAUGCUAUGGUUUUUCAAUAGCCCGUUAAACCCCUGAUAGAUAUUCUGGAUUGGAGAAGUAGAACGCAUUUUCCUCCAUUGACCGGGUAAUUUACUAUGGCACUUUAUUUGGCACAUUGAAGCCAAUUAACCUGCCAGUGUGUAAAAAAGCCAACUGUUUUGUGCUGAGGGAGUUUCAGGAUGAUCUAUUCACGUAAAACCUGGUUAUUUAUUGCAUAUAAACUGCUCUCCUUUGAAAUACAAACAAUUGCCUAUGACGGUGUUGACUUUCAUUCUGUUCCAGCAUCAAUCACAGUUGCCAUUUGGGCUACAGAAUGUUAAUUAGAUGCAGCUGUAAGGUAGUUCACAGGUUUAUAUUAAUGUGCUUGUUAUAAUACAUUGUUGUUGUUUCAUUUUUGUAAUAGAUGUAAAGUUGUUCUCUGCCACAGUAAUGUGUAAGGAUGAAGGUCAUUAGAUUUGUGGUUUCUUAGUAAUAAGCUUCAUGUUUUUGUUUUCAUAAGAAAGUGAAGGAAUUACUGUUUAUAGUUGCUAUGAUGUAAGUGAUGACAGGAACUAACUUGUUUUGUGAAUGUUCCAUUAAAUUAAAUGUGAUUAUAUAUGAAAAUAUAAACAAGAGAUGUGGUUUUCUUUACAAAAUAAUUAAAGAAAUAGCUAAAGACUGUCCUUCAAGUUGCA